GACUGACUUAUUGACCGACCGACGGAGGCACACCCCGCUCCACCCCACCCCGCCUCGCCCGCAUCCCAGCGCCGGCGCUACCUCCCUCCCGUUGCUCCCUUGGCCACCUCUUCCUUCUCCACUUCUUUUCCGCCUCUGCCUCUUCUUGGCUCCCGCGGCGCCAGUGCCUUCUCCGGGCCCGGGCAGGGCGCCUCGGCUCCCUGCAGAGCUCUCCGUGGAGUCAGGGGGGACAUUUCGUUCUGGCAGAGAAGCAGCCCCUGCGCUGGGCGAGAGGUGCCGAGGGAGCUUCACCCCGAGGACCGGGGGAUGCGAAGGGAUUCCCGGCUGCAGGUCUGUUCCUCAGUCACUUUGAGUUUGGCCUAAUCGAAGACGGAGGUUAUGAAGUCGAUCCUAGAUGGCCUUGCAGAUACCACCUUCCGCACCAUCACCACAGACCUCCUCUACAUGGGCUCAAAUGACAUUCAGUAUGAAGAUAUCAAAGGCGACAUGGCAUCCAAAUUAGGGUACUUCCCACAGAAGUUUCCUUUAACUUCCUUUAGGGGAAGUCCCUUCCAAGAAAAGAUGACUGCAGGAGACAACCCCCAGUUAGUCCCAGCAGACCAGGUGAACAUCACUGAAUUUUACAACAAGUCCCUUUCAUCCUACAAGGAAAAUGAGGAGAACAUUGAGUGUGGGGAGAACUUCAUGGACAUGGAGUGCUUCAUGAUUCUGAACCCCAGCCAGCAGCUGGCCAUCGCUGUGCUGUCACUCACGCUGGGCACCUUCACGGUCCUGGAGAACCUGCUGGUGCUCUGCGUCAUCCUCCACUCCCGCAGCCUCCGCUGCAGGCCUUCCUACCACUUCAUCGGCAGCCUGGCGGUGGCAGACCUCCUGGGGAGUGUCAUUUUUGUCUACAGCUUCGUGGACUUCCAUGUGUUCCACCGCAAAGAUAGCCCCAAUGUGUUUCUAUUCAAACUGGGCGGAGUCACAGCUUCUUUUACUGCCUCGGUGGGCAGCCUGUUCCUCACAGCCAUUGACAGGUACAUAUCUAUUCACAGGCCCCUGGCCUAUAAGAGGAUCGUCACCAGGCCCAAGGCUGUGGUGGCAUUUUGCCUGAUGUGGACCAUUGCAAUUGUGAUCGCUGUGCUGCCUCUCCUGGGCUGGAACUGCAAGAAACUGCAAUCCGUUUGCUCAGACAUUUUCCCACUCAUUGAUGAAACCUACCUGAUGUUCUGGAUUGGGGUCACCAGUGUGCUGCUGCUGUUUAUCGUGUAUGCAUACAUGUACAUUCUCUGGAAGGCUCACAGCCACGCAGUGCGCAUGAUUCAACGUGGCACCCAGAAGAGCAUCAUCAUCCACACGUCAGAGGACGGCAAGGUCCAGGUGACCCGGCCCGACCAAGCCCGCAUGGACAUUAGGCUGGCCAAGACCCUAGUCCUGAUCCUUGUGGUUUUAAUUAUCUGCUGGGGCCCUCUGCUUGCGAUCAUGGUGUAUGAUGUCUUUGGGAAGAUGAAUAAGCUCAUUAAGACGGUGUUUGCCUUCUGCAGCAUGCUCUGCCUGCUGAAUUCCACCGUGAACCCCAUCAUCUAUGCUCUGAGGAGCAAGGACCUGAGACAUGCUUUCCGGAGUAUGUUUCCCUCAUGCGAAGGCACCGCGCAGCCUCUCGAUAACAGCAUGGGGGACUCGGACUGCGUGCACAAACACGCAAACAACACAGCCAGCGUUCACAGGGCUGCGGAGAGCUGCAUCAAGAGCACGGUCAAGAUUGCCAGGGUGACCAUGUCUGUGUCCACAGACACAUCUGCUGAGGCUCUGUGAGCCUGACGCCUCCCUGGCAGCACAGGAAAAGAAAUUCUUUUUUUUUUUUUUAAGCUCAAAAUCUAGAAGAGUCUGUCGUCUCAUCGGUUAUAUUUUUUUAAGUUUACCAUGCUUGGUGAAAAGGUGAUUGUCACCAUGAUCAGUUAUCAGUUCUCUAACGUUUCAAUAGUGUAGAUACUCAAACUCAGUUCUCCAGGAGUUUACUGUGAAGAAAGCCUGUUGCUUAAGUGACGGGAAGGUUCUUCAAGUUCUCAGUGAAAUAGGAGAGAAACCUUUGGCUAUACAAUUUGAAGUCUAAGUACCCAUAGAAAAAUGCCAUCAAAUGAGUAAUGCCUUUGUAACCACAACUUUCAUUAUAAUGUGAAAUGUGUUUGUCCUUAAGUAUCAGAGAUGUCCAUUUUUACAACAGUUAUAGUACUAAAGUAGAGCUAUUGUGUAAAAUGUGUUGUGUCCUGUGAGAUGUGUAUCAGUGUUUACUAUGUGUUAUUUAUAUUUGUCUAGUUCAGCACAACUGAAAGGUAGACUUUUAUGAGAACAAUGGAACACAAGCAGUGGAUACAUGCCAAUGAGACCACUUUUUAAAAAAUUAUUGCCCAUGAUAUAACUUUAGAAACCUUAAUAUUUUUUCAAAUAUCUCUAUUUAAAUUUGACACUGAAAUAACCAUAAAGGUUUAUUUUUCUGUUAAUACAACAAGAAGAAUUUGAAGACUCUCCAAACUAUUGAGAAUUCAUUGACACUUAAAAAUUUAUUAGCCCUACAUUUUCAUAUGAGGACAUUCUGGACUAUAGUUGUUCUGUUGGGUGAUGGAUUACAAUACGAUUGGAAGAGAGAAGGCAUAUUGACUUUUUUGGCUGACAUCUCUGACUUUCUUUAGUCUUUAGCUAUUACUGGACCUCUUAAGACAGCAUGUGUCAAUCUUAAUGUAUAUUGUUAUCACUGUGCAGUUGCUGUUUACUUGAAGAGUAUUGCUUUCUUAUAUUCCAGGUUUAAGUAGAUUUCAUGCCUGGGUGGCCAAACAACAGUCUUCAUUUUUUCUUAAUUGAAAAGAAGUAUUGUCUGGAUCAGUAAAAUUAUACUGUGUGUGAGUAUGAAUAUAAAUGUGCGUAUGUGUGUGUUUCUAUCCUGUAACUGUUAUAGUAAUGUCCUAAAGUGAGAAAACUGUGACGAAGUAUGAACUGUACCACUGCUGCACUCUAGCACAUGAAUUCAGUUUCUAAAAUUGAGUUCUUCCAAAAAUCCUGUUGAUAAAAAUACUGGCCAUAAACAUUCAGAACCCUCCCCCCUUUAAGAGAUUGGGUCAAGUGUUGCUAAACUGACCUUUAGGUAUUCCAUAAGACCAGUGUUUAGCAAGGAAUAAUCAAUGACAAACAUUCAAGUGAAGGUCUGUAUUUACAGAGUAAAUGUCGGGAAAUGGGAGUGUUUGGUUUCUGAGCACCUGAUAUGGAUCAAGUCCAUGGACAUGUAAGUCUUUAUAGGGGAAGUGAUUCUAAAAGACCCCCAAUGAUAACAUUUUUCAGUCUUCUGUGGAGGCCGUGUGAUCCCAGUUUAAGUAGCCCUAUGCGUCACUUGCUGAAGUGAGGAGCUGACACUCGUGAUUGAGGCCUUGAUGACGUUGGCCUGCUUCCGUGCUGUGCCCAGAUGCCACUGGGGACAAUCCAGCACCUGGCUUUGGGUAGGUUUGGGCUCAGGAAUAGACCUCUCCUCUUUUCCUGGUGAGGAAGAUCUGCUAAAGUGUAAAGAUGAGCACGGCUUUCUUUCUUCUUAUGCCCCAGUCUCAAACUCCUUAAUAGUGCCAUGGGGGCUCAGAAUUAGGCCCUUUCCCAGUAAGCUUAAGAAACCACUCAACCCUGACAAAUUUUACUUACAAACAAUCUCCUCCUUAUACAGAUAAAGUGUGGCGCCUGCAGGACCUGGAGGCCUACAUAGUGUGAAGUGAAGUGGAGAGCUAGCGUUUAUCUGUGAUUUCUAGCUAUCUAGAUACCUGAGAAGCCUAACAGGGCAGUGUCCUUUCUUGCAGUGUGUGUUCUAAGGCUGAGUGUGGCCUGUGGACCAAGCCAGAAUACUUUUAGUUGUCUGUCUAUACAGCUCGAAGCCUGCUGGUUCCCUCACUUUACCUCUCUAGGAUGUGCAGAUGGGGACUCAGGGUGCUGGGGGAUUAAUAAGAUCUCUUUAGAAAGAGAAAAGACUAUGGAAAAACUCAACAGGGUCUAGCUUCCAUUCAAGAAUUGUCGCUCUUUUGUCCUGCAUCAUUCUGAAUACUAAUCCACAUGUCUCAAAGCUCGCCAGACAGUACCAACUCUCUUCUCACAGCUCUGAAAGGCUGGUGAAGAUGAAAUUCUUGUUACUGGUAGAAAAAUUCCAGGAUUCAUUUUUGAAACUGUAUUUGUGUGUAUGCAAUGUAGAUUUUAUAGUGUAUUGUGCUUUCAAGAUCUAAAUCAUAUAUAAUACAUUAAGGGACAAUGGGGCUGACAGCACUAAACUUGGUGCUUAUUGAUAUUUUAAGAAAUAUCUGUGAAAUAUCAUCAUGUAUGUGUUAUAACACCUUCAUUUUGAAACGUUUAAAUUACUUUGAUUCACUUUGCAACUUUUAAUAUCAUUUCCUAACCCAAGUGACUCAAAUGUUCUCCCCAGUGAAUAUACUCAUUGGAAUUACCAUUCAUUAGUAUCAUUCAUUAAUUAGUCCCUUAAUUAGACCCAUUAAUUUAAAUAUAAUUUAUAUUUCAGUAAGUUUUAUAAGAUCCAACUUCAGAGUUAUCUACUUUCCUCUGAGGGUAACAUAUUUGUCCUGACCAUGCAUUUUGCCAUCACAUAUGUCUUCGGAAAGGGCCCAAUUCCCAACCUGUUCACUUUCUUCAGAGUGUUGAUGAAUCUUUCAGUCCUAGACCAACAGUUUCAUUUAGAGAAGGAGGGCUGUCUCCAAGAACCUCUGAUUUUCCAUUACAUGUGAAAUAUAUGUUAAAAAAAAAAGCAUGGAUCUGGGAGAAGCUGCAGACAUAUGCCUACCCUUGAGAUGAUUCCCAACCCUCCCCGUCACUUUGAAUCUGGUCUGUCUGGCAUUAGGUGUCAAGGAAUUUUGGCUGUCUAAACCCACGCUACCGAAAUAGGCCCAACCAUGAGUUGAGAUGAGAAUUAGGCCCUGGAUGAGUAGCAUUCUAGUUACUGUCCUGUCGAUUAAUUUCUGCCAUUCCAUGUCUGUAAGAGAGACCACCAAUAUCAUUCGCAAAAUUAGAUUUCUCACAAUCUAACUGUAUAUUUGUAUGAUAUCUUAAAAUCUCCUAAAUGCUGGGCAAUGGCUAUUCACAAUUGUUUUGUACUGGCCUUCUGAUGAAAUGUUAACAAUGCCUAUUGUAACAUAGACAAAACAUUUUAUCUACUGAUUUGGGCCGAAUGUAUGUAAAUAGGUUUUAAAAAAGUCAGAUGUUUAAGCAGUGGCUUACAAAUCAGUAAUUUUCAGAUAGGAGAGUUUCUUUACAUAAAACCUAUCUUCACAUAAACUUAGUGUACUAGGCCUGCCGGGGAUCCGAGUCCCCAAGAAAGGAAGCCUUUUCUUGUAAUAAUGUGAAUCGAGAUACUAGAUUAUCUGGAUUCUUAUUUCCAAUGUUUCAAGUGGAAAACGUAACUCUUUAUUGUCUGUAAAUCUAACAUUAUUACUUUUCCUCUUAGAAGAAUAUUGUAUUGUUAGAUGUUUGUUGAGCUGGUAACAUCCUUGCACCCGCUGCACUAUCUUUGUUAGUAAUCUGUAUGAUACUUCGUACACAAGUACUAGUAAGAUUGUUAUUCAAUGUAGCUUCAGUCAUUAAAUUACUAUAGCAAAGUAGUACUUCUGUAAUAUUUACAAUGUAUUAAGCCCACACUGUAUUUUAUUUCAAUGAUGUAAUUAAAUUGUUAUUUAUUCAAAAAGAAAAUAUCUCAUCAUGUCUAUUGUCUUAAGUUAC